CUCCUCGCGGGGCCGCUGUCUUUUUCCACUCUAACAGAGAAGACCUUACGAGCAUCCCUGGCCCACACCCUCCACCAUCUUCCGGGAUUUCCUGCAGGCCCACCUUUGUGAGCCCGGAGCUUGCUCCGCCCCAGUAGAGCCCCCUGGACACGUUGCUUAUUUGUCCUAGAUCUUCGAUUCCCGGAAGGCAUGGUGUGAAUUUGAUUCAGCUGUCAAAUAAAGGAAACUGCAGUAGAACGAUUCAUGGUUCAAAUAAAAAAACUUAGAGAAAAGAACCAAAAGAAUCAUGAAAGAAAUAGACGCUUGAAGGACGAACAGGUUUGGCACAUACGGAACCUGCUAAAGGAACUGAGUGAAGACAGAUUAGAGGGAGUACCAGUUGUAACAAGAGAGGAAGUUGAAGAAGCAAUGAAGGAAAAAUGGACGUUUGAAAGAGACCAGGAAAAAAAUUUAAGAGAUAUGCGCACACAAAUAAGUGAUGCUGAGAAGCUAUUUCUUGAGAAACUCAGUGAGAAGGAAUAUUGGGAAGAGUACAAGAAUGUAGGGAGUGAACAACAUGCUAAACUCAUCAUCUCUUUAGAGAAUGACAUCAGCAGAGUUAAAGAGAAUGCAGAGAAAAUGUCAGAACAGUAUAAAAUCACUCUGGAAGAUACUAGAAAGAAAAUAAUCAGAGAAACUUUGUUACAACUGGACCAUAAGAAGGAAUGGGCCACACAGAAUGCUGUGAAGUUCAUCGACAAGAGCAGCUAUCGAGAGAUCUUGGAGAAUGACUGGCUUAAAAAAGAGAUUGCAGUCCACAGGAAGGAAGUGGAAGAGUUGGAAAAAACUAUUCAUAAACUGGAAGAAGAAAAUUUGGUGCUUAUUGAUCAACUAUUCAACUGUAGACUUGUGGAUCUCAAAAUAUCCAGGCGACUAUAUCUUACCCAAGCAGCUGGACUGGAAGUGCCACCUGAAGACAUUCCUUUGGAGUUGCCAGAAAUAACUACUGAGGAGAAGUCAAAAUUGCAACCUAUACAAGUAAAAAGUAGCAGCAUGAUGUUUCCACCAGUUGAGACUACUUCCUUACCUACAAGUUACAAAGACAGUAUCAGAGAUGCCCUGUAUGUGAACACAGAUGAAAAGGAGAGUUCAUGCCUGGAGUUUGAGGCCUCUGAUAUGAAAUACUUACUAUAUGAGGAUGAGCGGGAUUUCAAGGAUUAUGUAAACUUGGGCCCCCUGGAAGUGAAGCUCAUGAGUGUGGAGAGCAAGAAAAUGCCCAUUCAUUUUCAAAACAAAGAAGUUCCAGUCAAAUUCUGUGAAGAUGUCAGCAACCCAGAAAGCUACAUAACAUAUAAGAUGAUGAAGUCUUUUGUUCAAGAAUGAAAAACUGCAAAGUAAAAACAAUUUUUCCUUAUAAAUGUUCCUUGGGAA